CGGCGCUGGGCGAGGCCGGAGCCGGCCGGGGCGAGGAGCGGCUGGAAUCACUUCCUGCCGCCGCUAGGCCCCGGGCAGCGCCGCGCCGCGCGUCCAUGGGGCCGGCACCCCUCAGAGAGCAGCCUGAAUGUUAAUCUGCAUCCGGCCUAUUCAUUUAGAUGCUGUGCACUGCCGUGGAGAUUUGACUUGGUAAAAGCUUGAGCUCCAGCAGAUACAAACGGAGGGGCUGAUACUAUUUUUUUCCCCCCUGAGCCAUCGCCGUCGCCGCACAGAGCGCAGCCGACGGGGCGAUAAGGAGGGACCGGGGACCCUCCGGCGGGCGCUGGAUGUGCGGUCUGUAAGAUGUGCCCUACUUUGGAUAUCCCUGCAUUGAAUGUCUGAGGAGCUCCAGCUGAUCCUGAGCCAUGUCGCAGAUGUUGCACAUAGAGAUUCCCAACUUCGGGAACACCGUGCUGGGCUGCCUGAACGAGCAGCGGCUGCUGGGGCUGUACUGCGAUGUCUCCAUCGUGGUGAAAGGCCAAGCCUUCAAGGCUCACCGGGCGGUGCUGGCCGCCAGCAGCCUCUACUUCCGAGACUUGUUCAGUGGGAACAGCAAAAACGCCUUCGAGCUGCCGGGGACGGUGCCCCCCGCUUGCUUCCAGCAGAUCCUCUCCUUUUGCUACACCGGCAAGCUCACCAUGGCCGCGAGCGAGCAGCUGGUGGUGAUGUACACGGCGGGCUUCCUGCAGAUCCAGCACAUCGUGGAGAAAGGGACAGACUUGAUGUUCAAGGUGAGCUCUCCCCACUGUGACUCUCAGACCGCCAUGAUCGAAGACCCCAGCUCGGAGCCGCAGAGCCCCUGCAACCAGCUGCAGUCGGCCUCGGCGCCCUACGUCAUGUCCCCCUCCAUGCCCAUCCCGCUCCUCACCCGCGUCAAGCACGAGAACCUGGAGCUGCAGGCGGCCGCCGUGCCCGGCUUGGCAGCCAAGCGGCCCCUCGAGGCGGCCACCCGGGACGGCUCGGGAGGCGGUGGCCCCACCGCCGGCCCCCUGAAGCUGUCCCGGGUCUCCUAUUACGGGGUGCCCAACCUGGCCACCCUCCUGCCCAACGUGCAGCAGGUGCAGUACUCGCAGGGGGAGCGGACCAGCCCCGGCGCCAGCAGCAUUCCCACCACCGACAGCCCCACGUCCUACCACAACGAGGAGGACGAGGAAGACGACGAGGCGUACGACACCAUGGUGGAGGAGCAGUACGGGCAGAUGUACAUCAAGUCCUCGGGAGGCUACUCUGUUGCUCAAGAAAAGCCAGAGCAGAUCCCGCUGGAGAACCGCUCCUGUGUCCUCAUACGCCGGGAUUUAGUUGCUCUCCCAGCCAGUCUUAUCAGUCAAAUCGGAUACCGCUGCCACCCAAAACUCUACUCGGAGGGAGAUCCUGGAGAGAAACUCGAGCUCGUUGCAGGCUCAGGUGUUUACAUCACGCGGGGGCAGCUGAUGAAUUGCCACUUAUGUGCCGGUGUCAAACACAAGGUCCUCCUGAGACGUCUUCUGGCCACGUUCUUUGAUCGGAACACACUUGCCAAUAGCUGCGGAACUGGAAUCCGGUCCUCCACCAGCGACCCUAGCAGGAAGCCCCUGGACAGCAGGGUCCUUAACGCAGUGAAAUUGUAUUGUCAGAAUUUUGCCCCGAGCUUUAAGGAAAGCGAGAUGAAUGUUAUAGCGGCCGAUAUGUGCACCAACGCCCGCCGGGUCCGCAAGCGCUGGCUCCCGAAGAUUAAGUCCAUGCUGCCGGAGGGGAUGGAGAUGUACCGCACGGUCAUGGGCUCCACCACAAACAGUGUCCCCCUGGAUCCCGAAUUCCAGCCCAACUCUGCUCAGGUCUUUGAGCAGCGAAUCUAUGCAGAAAGGAGGAGCGAUUCAGGAACUAUAGUAGCUCUGAGAACUAACACGGUGAACGUAGAUCUAAGCAAUGGAUCCAGCCAGUCCUUUGAACAGAGCGAGGAUGCCGAAGGGGCUGGCUCUGUUAUACAAGAGGCAGCUGCCACAGAUGCUAUGGCAUCGGAUACCCAAAGCACUCCGCAACCUUUUGAACAAGGUUCUGGCUCCUCCAGCCGGCCCGAAACUCCGGUGAGAAGACAAGAUGGUACUUACGGAGGGACUUUAUAAAGAGAGCAAACGUUUUGUGACCUAUAAGGGAUCUGUAAUACUAAAGCUGCUUGCAUGCAUUACUAAUACAAAACAAAAAUGUGAUCAAGCCACUUACCUACUGAACUGCUACUGUUGCCUGAAAAAAAUGUGAUUUUUAUUCUGCUUGUAUUUAAAAUUUAUGAAGGAAAUAAUCGCAUUCGUUAUACUGUAAACGACUAGGUCUGUGGCGACCUACUUAAAAAAAGAAAAAACUAUUGGGCUCCUUUUUUGAUAUUCCUGAGGUUAGUCUAUAAGAUUGUAGCUUUUUCCUUUUUUUUUUUUUUUUCCUUAUUUUUCUUUUUCUAAGAAGGGGAGGAGAAAAGCUAGACACCCCCCAACCACCCCCGCCAUCACCACCCCAUCCAUUUCUCAGCUCAGAAGUAAAGCCAUCGUUAACCUUUUCCUUGAAAAGAGAGUUUCACCGUCGCUUCACAGGAAAGCAAGAUGUGUUAGGGUACGAGUGGUUUGACUGGCAAGGAUUUUUCUCUCGCGGAACGGCUCUAGCCAAGUGGCACAGGGUGGGGGAAAUUGUUCAACGCUUCUGUCGGUGGAAGGUCGGCGAAGGACCCGGCGCAGGGAGCGGGGGCUGCCCCCGCGUCCCGGCGUGCGUGCAGGGAGGAUGCGUGGGCUGCAGGCUGAGCCCUGCCCUUUUUCCUUUGGUGUUGUUUCUCGAUGCGGCUGGGUUCUGGGUUUCGUUCCUCUCGCUCUCCCGCCCCGAGCGGCUCCUUGUCUCCUUCUCCUUGCUGGGCGCCCCAUGGGGGGGCUGCCAAAGCCGCGUCCCUUGGUGGCUGCCGUAGGCUGGGACCUCGCUGGGGCCGGCAGUCUGCUCUUCCGUCUUUAGCUGCAGUGUAUUGGGUACAAAAAGGGUUGUUUUGUGUUUUGUUUUUUUUUUUUUAAUUAGCUUUGUGCCCCUCCAUGAAGUUGGUGGGAGGAGGAGGCGUUUGGCCUCUGGCUCGUCCUCCGGACAGGCCCUCCUGGGAAGAAGCCCUGUGGGAUUUAUCCACCCGCUUGUGGUUCAGAGCUGCUGUCCCCGGGCUGGGCUGCCUGCGGGGACCCAGCUGGGUGAGGGUGGAUCCAAGAGAGCACCCGGCCGUGGGGGACAUCCCCCGAGGGAUCUCAGUCCAUCGUCCCCAAAGCCACGGCUCGGCGCAGCCUCGCUGCCCGGCCCCAUACACCCCGGCUUGGGACGGGGAAAUGCGGGGUGCCUGCGGGCACCAGGCUCGUGCGUGAUGAUGCUGAGGAUGGGGGCAGCCGUGUGAAAGCCAAGUAUGGCUUUUUUUUUUUUUAAUUAUAUUUUUUUAUUUUUACUGUGACUAACAGGCCUGCUUUAAAGGCAUUUACAGUGUGUCCUGUACUAAGUGUGGGUCUCUGAACAAGUGCACAACUGGUCACUUUGGAAGGCUCCUGUGGCUGUGUUCUUCUUUUCUUUCCUGCUUUGGUUCCUGAAUCCAGACGGCGCUUUGCUCAGGGUUUUCUUCUGUCUUUGUGUUCGAGUGAGGGAAGGGGAGGGGUGAGAGGCCGACCCAGCCUUUGGCCGCGUGUUUUGUUUUCUUCGAUACUUGAAGCUGUUUUUUUUUUUUUGCAUCGUGAUAACGAAGCUGUCCGGCACUUCGUGCGUUCCACUGCUCUUUGCCCUCAGACAAGUGAACGCCGGGCUCCUCUCUGCCUCCGGUGCCCCCAGCCCCGUGCGGAGCCGGGCGCGAUGCCGCAGGGGCACGGGACGGGCACAGCCCGGGCCCUGUUUGCACUUUACCCACGUCAAACGAAACGCCCGCGGCCGUGGGCAGCGGGUGGGCAGCGGGAAGGGUUCUCCUCCCCUUCGGCACUUUGGGGCUCCCGGCCGGCUCAAGGUGUCCUGGACCAAACCAGCUCCCAGACGGGCGUCCCCGGGGGACAGCGGCAGCAGUACUUGAAUGGCUUAGGACAGAGAAUCUGAAGAGAGUCGAGUUGCACAGUGAAAAUAUAUAUUUUUAUACCUAGCACAACUUCCUGUAUAUUUUUGGGGUUCUUUCUUUCUUUCUUUCUUUUUUUUUCUUUCUUUCUUUUUUUUUUUUCCUGAUUUGGGUUUGUUCGUUUUAUUAAUUAUUAUUAUUAGGAAGGCAAACUUCUAAAAUGUGAAGGGCGUUGGGUUUUUCCUUAUCUGGUAGAUGAGGGCAAGCAUUUUGCACUAAUGUUUCCUGUGUGUGGAGGAUUAAUGAUAUGUUUGAAAAUGUUAUAUGGAUAAUGAUUGUAUUCUUCCGAAAAACAAAAAAAAAAAAGUAACCCCUUUAAAAUACUGAAUGUAACGUGAGAACAGAGCAGUCCAUCGAUUGUAUGCGGCUUUCCUGAGUGCCUUAGAAUUUUUUGAUCAUUUUUUUCCAAGGAAAACAAAUUGAGAAAAUCAGAUCAUGACCGACUCCUUCCUCCUCUUUGUUUACGACACUAUCUUAAAUUAUAGAACUUGGGGCUGCUUUAUAAUGUGAAUAGGAAACUGCAUUCAUCUAGGUCUGAUAGUGUAAAAUCGAAGCAUCAGUAUUUAUGGUAUGUCUGCACCUUUAUUCCUAUGCUUGACUAUUAGCAAUAUUACAUGUAUAUUAUAUAUCUAAAGUUAUACCAAGCACCUUUAAAGAAAUCGCAGCGUGAGCCUAACGAGCUCCGCGUGGCUGCUGGCCCCGUGCCCCCCAUGGCACCGGGUGCCCCCGGUGUCCCCCGUGCCAUCCCCUGUGCCGCCGCUUGCCGAAGGGCUGCAUGGCCUUCGGCCUCGCCGCCCCGCUCCUCAUGCUUCGGGUGAUGCUCGGGGGCGAUGCCCGCGGUGGCUGCGGUGCCGGUGGGCACGGGGACUGAUGACGGCGGGGCAGGGGCCCGCUCGUGGGGUGCCCGGGAUGGGGGUCCCGCGGGCGGGGGGCUCGCCGCGCACCGCUUCACGCCUCCGAGCGCCGCGUCGCGGGCACGGUGCUCAGCGAAGGACUGGCGGCGCCCGUCCUCGGCCGCUUUACUGCUAAGGUUUUGUUCGAUUGCUUAUUUUUAUGGAAAUAACUCGCUGCGAGUGGAGAAGGGUGUAUGGCCCAUUAACCAACUGAAAACUAAGAGACAAGCCCUGUUUGCCUCUGCCGGCAGUAAAUCCUAAACACAAAAUUGAGAGUUCAGAGCUGUCUUGGGCUCCAACUGCUGUUUCAAAGUGUUCCUGCUGUAUAAAUUUGUCAUUUUGUCAGCGAGCAAGCUGCAAACGUGCGCAUUACCCUGCCCGAGACAGCCGGGGCUUGCUGUAAGGUGGCUCUCGAAAUGAGGGAGUUUUUGUAGAAAACAAGCAGAAAGUGCCCCAACAGCCGACAAACUGGAUCCGCGAAGUCGAGCGCGCUCGAAUUGGGAAAACCUCCAAGUGUUCUGACGAGUUUCUUCCACUGUAAGCGUUUUGCACACCAUUGUGAUUUUUAUGUCAAAAUAAAAGCCAAAACUUGCAAUACUAUUUUUAGCAGACAAAAAAAUAAAUAAAUAAAUAAAUAAAUAAAUAAACAACUAAGUAUAAAUGUAUAAAAUAUUUUUGACUUGAACAUUUGGAUGGCACUUGAUUCAAAUAGAACAUUAAUCCUUUGGACAGGAUGUUUGGGAAAAAGGACUUAAAAGUACAAGGUUGUUUUUAAAGCGUCUUCAUAGGGUAUUAAGUAGUACUGUAAUUCAUGACUGUUAAAAAUACUUUCUGUGCUGUAAGAAAAAUCUCACAGUACCACUGAAUUAUGUUUCUCAGCUGUCUCAGCCACGAAAGAUGCUAGCUUUUUUUUUUUUUUUAUCGUGCAUUAUUCACUAGUAUUUAUGUGCUCUUACUCUGUAUAGUUAAGACUGUUAUUUUGUAGCCAUGGCUGACACGAUAUAUCAGUAACUAAAAAAAAAAAAAAAAGGAUUAAGGACCCCCCCCCAGUUGAAACUGUGCUCAUAGCUGUUUUCAUAUGAUGAAAAAUCCAUAAAAAAACAAACAAACAAACAAAAACGUGAUCAUUAAUUGUAAAACGCUUUGUAAAAUUCACAUUUACAAAAUAAUAAAGUAAAUUGCAAUUAAAAGCC